AUUGUCUAUAAUUCAGGGUUGAUAACCAAAUCAUUUAAAGCCAACUAAUAUCAUGCCUGUCUGUCUUUGGCAAGGUUCAAUGUCGCGCUGCCCUGCGGCUCAGAUCCCCCCCCCCGUCCAGCUGUUAGCAGAGCUGAGAGUUUCCCAAGGCCCCCCGGUGCCCUGGCUCGGGACACCCUCCCAGGCCUGCACUCCCCCAGGCCCUGACUGCCUGCCUGCCUGCUCUUCUUGGCAACCAAACGGCCAGGGGAGGAUCAGGAUGACCGGGCGGCUAAGAUAAGGACCACAUGAAGUUUCCCGCAUUACCUCACCCGAUUAGGAAACAAGCAAAGAGAGACGCAGAGCGAGAGAGGGGGUCCGGCUGGGAGGAACUCUCUGGAUGGACAGGGAUGAGCCGAGAGGCGGCUGCCGUGUCUGCAGACUUCACCAGCUGCCUGAUGCCUCUGGGUGGAUGUGGGGGUCCUACUGAGGAGCUGUAGAGAGGGGCUCCGGAGUAACUGAACAGCACGACGCUCAAGAGCUACAGUACAAGAACAAGAUGUGAUGAUGAGUAUUUUUAGCUGUUUCUGUCAGUAGAUCUAGAUUAGGCUUUAAAGAUGGGAAGAUGGAAAGAUGACCUCAGGUCAUCUGCUUUGUUGUGCUUCCUCUGAAUUACCUACUGGACAGUAUGAACUUUUCUCACAGCAGCCUGCAGCGCUCUAAAGCAGACCUCCAUCCUGCCAAUGAAAACAGGCUGAGCGAAGGUGAUUUAAGUCCUCCAGACUUGCACGGAGUCUGCUGCUGCUCUCCGGCAGAAUCCAUGGCGGUCAAUCCUCUGGUGGGUCUCAUGUCGGUGAGCGUGAACCGGCAGCUGGUGUCCCGCUCCCCGGCCCAGCAUCAGAGCGCUGCUGCAGCCGACCACCCAGCAUCCCUGCAGAGACACGGGGAGAGCGCACGCAGCAGCCGGGAGGCCAGGAAGUGGGAGCAGACAGUGUGUGGGUCUACGUCCAACUAUGCUCCUGCUUGUGGUCCUGUGGUCCAGAGCAGCAGGACCCUGAAGAGUCAGCACUCCCCAGAAAACGCUGCGCGAGAGAGGAGCCGAGUGCGCAACCUGCGGCAGGCCUUCCACAGUCUGCAGGCAGCUCUGCCCUCAGUCCCACCUGACACCAAGCUCUCAAAGCUAGAUGUUCUGGUUCUGGCUACAAACUACAUUGCAUACCUGACAGAGACGUUGGACCAGGACAGGACGGCGGCAGAGCACGCUGUGCCCUCCAGGCCCGGCGGAUACCUGCAUCCUGUCAAAAAGUGGCCCAUGCGAUCCCUGCUCUACUGUGGCACUGUUGGGGACCUGCUGUCAGCCAAUCAGAGGCCUCAGCACGGCCAUGACGCCACACGUCUCACACCAGAAGAACAGUGAGAGCCCAGCGUUAGACGACUUUUCACCUUGAUCAGUGCCGUCUACAGUCUCCAGCAUCCAUGACGGCAGUUACAGCGGAAACGGAUGGAAAUGAAGUAAAAAUGCUGUUUAAUAGUUAUUAUAUUCAACUAUCCUUUCAGUACUUGCACUAAAAGCAGUUAUAUGCCUGUUUCUCUACAGCGCCUUGUAUCCAUACCUACUGAUUGUUUCCACGUUUUGUCACGUCACAAACACAGACUUCAAAUGAUCAUUAUGUUUUGGAUAUGAUGGGAUUUAAUGUAUGCCUUGUUAUUUUUCUUAUUUGUGAACAAAUCGAAAAUCAUUUUCCUUUGUUGUUUUUUUUAACAUAAAAUCACAAUAAAAUAAAGCAAAGUUUGUGGUAAUUUUACAGACUGUGAAGAGAUUAAAGGUGUGUUAAUAUUUAGCAGACUGUUUUAUAUGUGGCUGAAAACACACACACACACACACACACACACACACACACACAUACACACACACCUCAACAAGAUUUAAAUGUACACUUGUUUGAAAGUUUUCUUCUCUUCAAGGAACAAGCACCAGACUGUCAGGAAGGGGUUUGAUAUGAGGGAAUAAAAAGUCUGAAUCACUUGACUAAUUACAUCACAAAUCACAACACUAAGGAACAGUGUGUAACUAAUUAUCCUGAUUUAAAGUCUUUUCAGAUUAGUUUUUCCACAGUAUGUAAGCAUGUAGUCAUCCGUGUGCUUUUUUUUAAAUAAAAAAAAAGAAGAAAUAAAAAGUA